UGUCUCAUUAACCUCAAAAUAUAUGUUUAAAAUUUAAAUUUGAAAUGUUUAUAUUAAUAAUAUUAUUUAACAUAGUUAGACACUAUUUCAAAGGUUUUAAUAAACCAAAAACAAAAUUGGUAUAUAAAAAUAGUAAUUUUUUAAUAAUCGACAAAGCAUAUGAUUUAAAAAUAAAUAGUAAUAACAAACUUGAGGAAACCCUUCAAACUUACCUUAAAAGAAAUUUUACAAAUUUAGCCAAUAAAAACUUGAAGCAUGAAUAUUAUUUUGUUCAUCGAUUGGAUUUUGCAACCAGUGGCAUAAUGUGCAUUCCAAAAAACAAAAACGCUUGUAAAAUAGUUGCUGAGGCGUUUUCGCAAAGAUUAACCAAAAAAUAUUAUUUGGCUUUGGUACGAGGAAUUGUUUCUCAAGAAAUUGUUGACAUUAAUAGAGCAAUUGGACAAGAUUUAAGAUACAGAGAUAUUGAAAAAAUGUGUACAAUUAACACAAGUACGUGUUUAAAACCUAGAGAAGCUAGGACUGUGUUUAUAGUACUGGAAUAUGGACUUUUUGGGAAUUAUCCUUGCACAAAAAUUUUGAUAAGGCCUAUAACAGGGCGAAGGCACCAAAUUAGAGUCCAUUGCAGCCAUUUGGGACAUACAAUUGUAGGCGAUUAUACUUACAGCAAUAAGAAGGACGUGGAACCUUACAGAAUGUUUUUAAAUUCAACAAGGCUGUGUUUUCCAUUUAAUGAAGAAUCAUAUGAUUUUUCAAUGAAAGAUGUGUUUAACAAAGACUGGCAAAAUAUUAAAACCCUGAAUGUUUUUAAUGAUUGUGCUUUUAGAAAGCUGGAUUCUGCAUUAGUGGUUGCUGUGGUGUCAUCAGCUACGUUGGGAGAAGUUCAUACGGAAAAACAAUCAACAGCUUUAAGUGCGGAUGGGUCGAAUUGGUCUUUAUACAACGUAGCAGCGCUGACCACCGCGGUAAUAGCCGUAAGUGUCGGAUUGGCGGGUCUGAUAUCUCUCUUCCUACCAGUGACUGCGUACAAAUUAUGUCUUAUGUUGGGAGGAUGUCAGGACACUAUGGACCGCUACGUUGACCGCUUCAUAGCCGAUGGUUCUGGAUACAAUGCCAAAAGGGGAAAACGCUCGCUGGAAUACGUCGCACCAAUUCUCAACACCCUUGCCGCCGCCUACGACAAAUACGCCGACAAUGAUCUAAAAAAAAAGUCCAACACACUCAGGUUUUAA